AUGCUCUCUGCAGCACUCUCGGCUUCCACACCGCCGUCAAACGAUACCCGCCGUCCACCUUCAGUCAAUAAUAGCGAUGAUUCUGGAGAACAGCAGCAACAACCAAGGACAGCUCACAUCCGCAUUGUACCACACUUGGAUUCAUCUCGGUCGCUAGUCUUCAGCAUCAUUGAGCGUGAUCUAACAGAGGAUACAGUGCUCAAGAUUGGCCGUUUCACCGAUCGGUUUUUGACUUCCAAUCGUAUUACCUUUAGAAGUAAAGUGGUUAGUCGAGGACACGCAGAGAUAUGGAGCUCAGGUGGCAAGGUCUAUAUCCGUGAUACAAAAUCAUCCUCGGGGACGUUCCUGAAUCAUGUACGAUUAAGUGCACCAAACCAAGAAUCAAAAUCGUUUGAAUUACAAGAUGGCGAUAUCAUUCAAUUGGGUGUUGACUAUCAAGGAGGAACAGAAGAAAUCUAUCGUGCCGUCAAGAUGCGUAUCGAGGUGAAUCGAACUUAUCAGCAAACCAAUACUUUUAGUCUCAGCACAUUUCAAUCCCUACGAAACCUAACCACACCACCCAACAAUAUCAGUGUGCUCGAUGCUGCCAUGGGAUCCAAUACAGCUCCUACCUCAACAUCCACAUCACAAGCAGCAGCAGCGGCAGCAGCAGCGGCAGCAGCAAAUCGUUCUUCAACAGGUGAAGAUCCACGAGUAGAGGAGUGUUGUAUUUGCCUUUAUGCAUUGGCCCCAUUGCAAGCACUCUUCGUGGCUCCUUGUUCCCAUACUUUUCAUUUCAAAUGUUGCCGACCAUUGCUGCAGCAUUAUCCAGGAUUCCAGUGCCCAUUAUGCAGGAGUUACUCUGAUUUGGAUGCUAGCGUGGCUAUUGAAACGGAUGAGGUGUUGCAAAUGCUGAAAACCAAAGAGGAACCCAUCAAAGAAGAAGACGCCCAGGAUCAAGAGCCGACAUCAUCAUCGUCACCCCCACCAUCAUGA